CUCUCUCCUUCAGCGAGUCCUCACGGGCACAUGUGACUCUGUUUCUCUCUCUCUCUCUCUCUCCCUCUCUCUCCCUCUCUUCCAAGUGUUUCCAAUAUUGCAGAUACUACUCAACAAAACCCACAUGGCAGAUGCAGCAAAACAAGCAUCCAUCAAUGGCGGAAGUCUGAUCUCAGAACUCAGAAGCCUCUUCUCUCUUCGCAGAACCAAAAAAACCGUGGCUUUUGCUUAUGGGUUCAUGUUUUUUUUCCUUGCUUUCACUGUUUUCUUAGCCUUCAACCCUUCUUCAAACUCUUCUUCCUCUUCUUGGUUCACCAACAUUUUUUCUAGUUCUAGUACCAGUAGUACUAGUGGUAGUACAAUCACAUCUUCACCAACAAUUUUCUCUGAUGAAUCUUAUAGAUCUCACUUCUCUUCAAUUUUCUCUUACAUUUUCCCAAACUCAUCCCAACAAGUCCCCAAUUUUGCUCCUCUUCCACCACCUAACAACACUUCCAGAUCCCAAAACACCACAGUUCAAUCACCCACUACCCAAAACCAAAAUCAGACUCAGAGUAAAGAUUUACAUGAUAAAAUUGAAGUCUUGAAGCCAAAUCAGAGCACAAUUGGGGCCCCAAAAUCUCCUGUGGCUCCAAAUCGGACUGUAAAUGCAGUGCUAACAUCUUCCCCUGUUAGAAAAAAUUCUACAGGGAAUAAAGAUGUGAAAGUUACAGAGAAGGGUAAGAAACAGAGUAAUGGGACUAAUGUGGGUUUGUCUGCUAAACAGGGGAGUGAGAAUUUGGUGGAGUCUUUGAUGAAUUGUAAUUUUUUUGAUGGAAAUUGGGUGAGAGAUGAUUCAUAUCCUCUGUAUAAACCUGGGUCAUGUUCAUUGAUUGAUGAGCAAUUCAAUUGCUUUGUCAAUGGAAGACCUGAUAAUGGUUACCUUAAACUCAAAUGGAAGCCUAAGGGUUGCACUCUUCCAAGGUUGAAUGGGAGUGACAUGUUGGAAUUGUUGAGAGGAAAGAGAUUGGUUUUCGUCGGUGAUUCUCUCAACAGGAAUAUGUGGGAAUCUCUGGUUUGCAUUCUCAGAAACUCCAUAAAAGAUCACACCAAGGUUUAUGAAGCAUCUGGCAGGCACCAUUUUCGAUCGGAAGCAUCUUAUUCUUUCGUUUUCGAAGAUUAUAACUGCACUAUAGAGUUCUUUGUAUCUCCUUUCUUGGUUCAAGAAUGGGAAGUGAAUGGCAAAAAUGGAUCAAAGAAGGAAACGCUUCGGCUUGAUUUAAUCGAGAGGUCUGCUGAUCAAUAUAAGACAGCAGACAUCAUAGUCUUCAACACGGGACACUGGUGGACUCAUGAGAAAACUUCGAAAGGGGAAGACUAUUACCAAGAAGGUAGUCAUGUGUACAGCGAACUGAAUGUUCUUGAAGCAUUUCGGAAAGCUAUGACAACAUGGGCAAGAUGGGUUGAUGCGAAUAUAAGUCCAACAAAAACUCUAGUACUCUUCAGAGGUUAUUCAGCCACUCAUUUCCGUGGUGGACAAUGGAAUUCUGGCGGGCAAUGUGACCACGAAAGCGAGGCCAUCAAGAAUGAGACCUAUCUAUCUGAGUAUCCGCCAAAGAUGAGAAUGAUGGAAUCGGUGUUAAAAGGGAUGAAGAAAAUCCAGGUCACUUAUAUGAACAUCACGAGAAUGACGGAUUAUAGGAAGGAUGGCCACCCAUCGAUCUAUAGGAAGAAAAAAUUGUCAAAAGAGGAGAUAAAAUCGUCGUUGAUGUUUCAAGACUGCAGCCAUUGGUGCCUCCCUGGGGUGCCCGAUGCGUGGAAUGAGCUUCUCUACGCCGAGCUUUUAAGAAAACAAAAGCAAAAGCAGCAACAGAAAAAACCAUAGGUAAACAAACACAUUAGGAGGCAAUAUUUAUUGAAACAUCAAUAGUUUAUCAAUUCUGUAGUUUUUUUUGAAUAUUUGAAAAUAUAGAAACAAACAACCGAUUUCUUGGAAAAGAUCCCAGAAAUACUUUGUUUAGUACAAAUUAUGAGAGAGAAAGAAACAGAAGUGAGAAGUGGCCUUACAACAUGUAUAUUGUUUAUAAGAGUGAGAAGAGGAGAGUGGGAAAUAUUCUGUUGAUGGUUAAAUUGACAGUUUAGAAGUUUUUCUUUCCAGUAAUCUUCUUUUUAGCCCUAAUUUAAGGCUUUAAGAUUGUAAAUUAUUGUUUAUUUGUUUUGUUUAUUGAUGAUAAUAAAAUAAUGACUGUUUUAAUCA